AUGGAUGUGACUGCUUUUCGUAUUAUAGUGAGUACCAUCCUUUUCUACAAGAGUUAUAGUUUUGAAGUUAUUCAUGGGGAGAGAUAUGAAGGCCCCAUUGUUUCUGUGAUUCAAACAAUCGGGCGACAUCAAUGUAUAAACGAGUGCCUAUCUCGACCUGCGCUUUGUAAAGGGGUAAACUACAAAAGAGAAUAUCUACUGUGUGAAAUCGUGUCAUCGUCAGAGAAAAUAAAUCCAUCUGCAGAGUACGUCAGAAUCGAACUUAAUCAAAUGGGGGUUGGAAACCUUGACUGCUUGUCAUGUUUACCCAAUGAGAGAUGUCUGACACUUUCAAGUAAUAUAACAUACUGUGUUAAAGAUAGUUAUCCGAAAGAUUGCAGGCAAUUAUCCUCGGAAUUGUCUAGUGGGUUAUAUGGAAUAUUUAUCCCAGUUCUCGGUCACGUGACUGCAUUUUGUGAAAUGGAAGUUGAUGGAGGGGGCUGGACGGUUUUUCAGCGUAGAAUGGACGGAACUGAAGAUUUUUACAGAACAUGGGAUGAAUAUAAAAAUGGAUUUGGAAACUUAACAGCCGAAUUCUGGUUUGGCAAUGAGAAACUGUAUCACUUACUGAGUCAGGGAACAUACGAGCUACGGAUGGACAUGGGUGAUUUCGAUGAUCAGACGCGCUUUGUGAAAUACAGCAAUAUCUCUCUUGGGAAUGAGACAUCAAAAUAUCAAAUAUCUUUAUCUGGGUUUUCAGGAAGUAUAGGUGAUUGCUUUACCGGAACUGGAAAUCCAAUAGAUAAUAUGAAGUUUUCGACGCUGGAUCAAGAUAAUGAUAAUAAAACUCUCGGUAUCUGUGCAGUGUCGUUCACUUCCGGUUGGUGGCAUAACAGAUGCCAUUGUGCAAACCCUAAUGGUCUUUACUUGGCGGGAAACACGACCAUAUUUGCUAAGGGUAUUACGUACGCCCCCUGGCGGACGCAUUACUACUCAAUGAAGACAGUACGAUUGAUGGUUAGAAGCCUGGUGUAAAAAUUU